AUGAUAAUGAUGGGCAGUCAGAUAGCAACCUUCAUUAGAUCAUUUAGUAGUUCAUACCUAGACCGUAGUGGUAUAACUUGUCGUCAAAUUGACCCAAAUGUGGAUGAAUUUGGUGGUCGGUUAUUUUAUAACUUCCUUAGUCAUAGGGCUGGGACUAGUCACUGGAAGUCUUUAUGGUUUUACUCACUCGAAACUUACAAUGAUACAAUACAAAAUUUUAUAUCAACUGCACAUUACACACCCAAAGACAAUAUGAAACUUACAAGUAAAGGAAUAAAAAUCAAACGAAGAAGCUCAGAAAGUGGUUUGUUUUCAACUGUUUUUCAAUCAUUCAAUCAGAAAAUUCUUCGAAUUUCAACAAUUGUCGAUCCGCCAUUUGUUGUAACUGGUCAAAUAACUGAAAAUGGAGAAAUAAUUAACGCCACAGGAUUUGCGAUUGAUAUACUAAAUGAGCUGGCUAUACAUUUUAAUUUUAGCUAUCGUCUUUUUACACCACAAAACGGUACGUAUGGUUCAUUGGAUGAUAAUGGAAAUUGGGAUGGCAUGAUGGGUGAAUUGGUAAGCGGACGCGUUGAUAUGAUAGCUGCCGGUUUGACCUUCAGUCCAAGACGAUCAAAUUAUGUGGAAUUUAUUGGUCCGAUUGUUGAAGAUACAGUUGGAAUACUCGUUAAACCAUCAAUAACAAGCGAUUUUUUCUUUCAAAUGUUUCAUUUAUUUCAAUUUAAUGUUUGGAUAGCAAUUAUUAGUUCAGUAGUUAUCCUUGGAGCAACUGUUUGGUUAUUCAACAGAUACAGUCCACUUAGUGGAUGGAAUUUGCAACUUCCAGAGGCUAAUUCAAAUGAAGUAUCUCUUUUCUACAAUUUAUGGAUUUCACUGCGAUGUAUGCUUCUCCAAGGACAAGAAGGUCAAUUAUUCUGCUAUUCGUCACGUACUAUAUGCCUAAUGUAUUGGUUUAUGAUUUUGGUUGUACACGCUAUAUGGCAGGCUGACUUAACAGCAUUUCUAACAAAAAACAAUCUAGAACUUCCAAUUAAAUCGUUAAAAGAAUUAGCAUACAAUGAUAAGCUGAUAGUAUUAACAUUGAAGGGAACUAGUACAUACAAUAUGUUUCAAGUAUCAGUCAAUAAUACAUUUUAUAAAUCCAUAUACAAGAAGUUGGUGGAAAAUCCCGUUAGUGUAUAUUGUACAAGUGAAGCAGUGAAUUUGGUGAUAAAGUUUGACAAUUAUGUCUAUAUAACUGAAAGAUUAUUCCUCAUGAGUGUAUUACAAUCAAAGGAAUAUUCGAAUCUGCAAGUUAUAGAAGAGCCUGGGAUUGUAGCUGCUCUCGGAUUCGCCGUGCAACUGGGUAAAGAGUAUGCAAAGCCUAUGUCAUCCUAUAUACUAGCUUUGAGAGAGCGAGGUAUAAUCAACAAAUUCAUGGUAAAUUGGAAUAUGACACAUGAUGUCGAUUCGAUAGAUGUACAAUACCAAGCCUUGACAAUAUGGAAUGUGGCUGGAGCAUUUAUUGUCACCUCAGUGUUUACUGGAACAAGUCUGUUUAUUCUACUCAUUGAAUGUGUAUGGUACAGAUGGAGAAGUAAGAAAAAUAAUGACACUCACAACAAGGAAGAGAAUAAUAGUGGCAUAUAUGAUGAAGUCCACUGAUCCAUUUGACGAGAUUAUUAAUCCUUAGUAUAUUGCUUCGCUUUACUUUCUUUCAUUGAUCAUUCCAUGUAACUUACAUUAAGAAAACUAGUGAAUUUUACAAAUCUCUCCUAUUA